UCGCCAUCAAAUUGACAUAAUCCCAAUCCACCAAAACACCCUUCCCUACUCUCUCCCUUCAAUCACUACCCGUGCAUAAGUGCGCACGUUAGCUGUCCCCUUACACUAUAAUGUCCUCUCUCCCUUCGCCACUUCUCCACAGUGAAAGAAAGAAACAAAAAUACUCCUCAAAACUUUACUAACUCUGAAAUCAAAAUGAAACUUCCAUAGUUCAUUAAAAUUGAAUGGUAACGUAACGAAAACAAUUACUACUACACCAGUAACAUUUAUUAAAAUGCAUGAUGACAUAGUAGUAGAGUUAUAGAGAGAGAGAAUACAGAGUGGCAGGCAAGCAUGUACUGCUGAGAGAGUAUGGUGCCUUAAAUGGAUGUAUGUGUAGGCAGUGGUUCAGUUCCUUUAUAGCCUGCCAUAACAACAAUAACAACUAGUAUAACAGUCGCGGAUCGGAGAUUUUCCGAUGAGUGAGCAAUGAAUCCUUUAUGCUGCAUUGCUCCGGUUUCGAUCGAUCGAGACCGGAGUACUCCGGUGGUGUCCAAGUCAAACUCUCAGUGUCAAUUAGGGUUAGAUUCAUCGAUCAGAACUGUGAACUGUGCUUCUAAAUCGAGUUUUUCAACUCAUGAUUCAUCGUUAGCAGGGGAUUCGGUGAAAUCCUCUUCGGCUGGUUUGAAUCAUGAUGAAGAUGAUGCUGUGAAUGAAGUUCGUGAUUCGAAGGUGUUGAAUGGUGGUGGUGUAGCUGGGAGUGUGGCGGGGAUAUUGUACAAGUGGGUGAAUUAUGGUAAAGGUUGGAGGUCGAGGUGGUUUGUGCUGGAAGAUGGUGUGCUUUCUUAUUAUAAGAUUCAUGGACCGGAUAAGAUCUUGAUGAGUCCUGCUAAGGAUAGGAGUGUUAGGGUGAUCGGUGAGGAGUCGGCGAAGUUUGUGAAGAAGGCGAAUUGGAACGUGAAUCGAGGUAAUGGAGUAGUUGGAGGUGGAGCUACUAAGCAAUGCAAGCCCUUUGGUGAGAUACAUUUGAAGGUUUCUUCUGUUCGCUUCAGCAAGUCUGAUGACAAGCGGCUUUCCGUAUUUACUGGGACAAAAACUCUUCAUUUGAGGUGUGUAUCUAGAGAAGACAGAGCCAUGUGGAUUGAAGCCCUGCAGUCCGCGAAAGAUCUUUUUCCCAGGGCUCUGACAAGCAGCGAUCUUGCAACUCCAGAAGAUAUUGUAGUUUCGACAGAGAAGCUGCGAUCCAGAUUGUCACAGGAAGGCAUAAAUGAAGAAAUCAUUAAUGACUGCGAGUCUAUUAUGCUCUCGGAAGUCUCAUAUCUUCAAGGCAAGUUGAAGUUUCUUCAGCAGAAACAUGUUAUGUUGUUGGACACCUUAAAACAACUGGAGACGGAGAAAAUAGAGUUGGAAACUACUGUAGUAGAUGAAACAAAGGAACGUGAGUCAUAUUGCACACAAGGGAAUAGAAGAUAUAGUGAUUUCUAUUCUGUUAUGUCGGAAGGCAGUGCUACAGAUUCAGUAGUAGAUAAUGAAAGUCAAGAUGGAGCAGAUGCUGAAACAGAUGAUGAAGAUGGAACAUAUUUUGAUACAAAUGAGACGUUAUAUUCAGACGCCCUAAGAAGUGCUUCCUAUCGAAGUAGAGAAGGUACAGGAAGUGCCAGUAUAUAUGAUAGAGAUUAUAUUCUCCAUGAUGGUUUGCAUGGGUUUGAGAUGGCAAUCAAAGAUAUAAGCUAUCCUUAUGUCAAAAGAAGGGAUAAUUUACCAGAACCAAAAGAGAAAGAGAAACCUGUUGGCCUGUGGUCAAUUAUUAAAGACAAUAUUGGGAAGGAUCUUUCUGGAGUUUGUCUCCCUGUUUAUUUUAAUGAACCACUCUCUUCAUUGCAAAAGUGUUUUGAAGACCUCGAGUACUCAAACCUAGUUGAUAGAGCAUUGGAAUGGGGAAAGCAGGGGAAUGAAUUGAUGAGAAUUCUAAAUAUUGCAGCUUUUGCUGUGUCCGGCUAUGCGUCCACCGAAGGUCGACAGUGUAAACCUUUCAACCCUCUGCUUGGGGAGACUUACGAAGCUGACUAUCCAGAUAAAGGAGUUAAAUUUUUUUCAGAGAAGGUUAGUCAUCAUCCAAUGGUUGUUGCUUGUCACUGUGAGGGAAGAGGAUGGAAGUUCUGGGCAGACUCCAAUUUGAAAGGAAAGUUCUGGGGGCGUUCUAUUCAGUUAGAUCCUGUGGGUGUUCUCACCCUACAGUUUGAGGAUGGUGAAACAUUUCAGUGGAGUAAGGUCACUACUUCCAUAUACAAUAUUAUACUAGGUAAAAUUUAUUGUGACCACUAUGGUACUAUGCACAUCAAGGGCAGCGGAAACUACUCUUGCAAACUUAAGUUCAAAGAGCAAUCUAUCAUAGACCGUAAUCCACAUCAGGUCCAUGGGUUUGUUCAAGACAACAGAACUGGAGAGAAGGUAGCAAUGUUAAUUGGGAAGUGGGAUGAAGCAAUGUAUUAUGUACUCGGGGAUCCAACUACAAAGCCCAAAGGUUAUGAUCCUAUGACAGAAGCUGCAUUAUUGUGGGAAAAGGACAACUAUGUCCCCAAGACAAGAUACAACCUCUCUCCCUUCGCAAUUUCCUUGAAUGAAAUAAUGCCUGGUUUAUUGGUGAAGUUGCCUCCAACCGACUCAAGGUUGAGACCAGAUCAAAGACAUUUGGAAAAUGGAGAGUAUGAAUAUGCAAAUGCAGAGAAACUAAGGCUUGAACAGUUACAGAGACAGGCAAGAAAGAUGCAAGAAAGAGGAUGGCAGCCCAGAUGGUUUAAGAAGCAUGAUGAUGGUUCUUACCGAUACAUGGGUGGCUAUUGGGAGGCAAGAGAAAAGAACAAUUGGGAUGGAAUCUCUGAUAUAUUCGGACAAGGCUGUGAUUUGCCUUCAUGUUCUGAAGAGAUUGUAUCCUACUGAACACUGGUUUUCCUUUGUGGCUCUCGUUUUUUUGCUAUAUGUCCAUUUGGAUGUAGGCUGUAAGUUAUAUAUAUAAAAAAAAUUCUUCCAGAUAGUGUAUUGAAAUUUCUUCUGGCUGCGCAUUUCCGGCAAUUUGUCUCACAUCUUCGCAUUUUGGGGGAAAUACUUGAAAUCAGCCUAUGUUAAUUUACAAUUUAUCCAAUACUUAUGGCUCGUUAAAAAUGCA